AUUUUUCCAAAUUGUUCACUUUGCUGUCAACUGUCAAACGUAUUCCCGCGCAAGAGUAAACUUUUCAAUUAUUUAAAAAUGAACGCUAAAUUGGCAUACGUAUUUGCAAUGUUGAGCCUUAUGUGCGUGAUGGUAGAUUGCUCGUUUAUUAAACCAAAUAAUGUACCGAGGGUUGGGAGGAGCAACGAGGCAGACGGCCCAUAUGACAUGGAGAAUGGAUAUGUCAUCAAAUCGAAUAAAAAUAUUCCACGGAUGGGCAGGAGAAACUACGAUUCGGAAAAUCGCUACGAUAUUCCAAAAUUCUAUGAUUUACCCAGCGAUCGUUUUGAUUCAGGUGAACAAUCUAGAUAUAUUCCGGAGCAAAUUGGAAAAUACUAUGAGUUUCAAAUGGAGAACAUGAAGAAAUGAUUUAAUGUAUGUAACCAUCUAAUGACGUGUAAGAAAUUCAUGGCAAAUUCUGUGAUUUCGCGCUAUUUUGUGUUGUCUAGUCACUGUAAUAAUAAAUAUAUUUGAGCAUUUUUUUUAAAAUUGAA